AGCAUCCUCAUAUUCACCGUCGAGAGAUCAAAGGGGAAAGCUUUUUCCCAACAACAGUAAAAGGGAGAAAAAGAGACUCAAUCCGUUGAUUGACGACAAGUAGUCUCAGUGAGAAAGGAUGAUGAAUCUGUUGGCCCUCUUUGUUGGAUUUGGGAUCAUGGGUAUUGUGGUAGAUGGGUUGGGUGUGAACUGGGGAACAAUGGCUACACAUAAGCUAUCUCCAAAGACAGUGGUUCAAUUGCUUAAGGACAAUAACAUCAACAAAGUUAAACUUUUUGAUGCGGAUGAGACUACAAUGGGUGCACUUGCCGGCUCCGGUCUUGAAGUUAUGGUUGCUAUUCCUAAUGAUCAGCUUAAAGUCAUGGGAAGCUAUGACCGAGCUAAGGAUUGGGUUCGUCACAAUGUCACUCGUUAUAACUUCGAUGGUGGUGUCAAUAUCACGUCUGUAGCUGUUGGGAAUGAGCCAUUCCUCAAAUCAUACAACGGAUCAUUUAUAAAGCUCACAUUCCCUGCACUUCAGAACAUCCAAAACGCUUUAAACGAAGCAGGACUAGGCAACUCAGUCAAAGCGACCGUCCCUUUAAACGCUGAUGUCUAUGAUUCACCAGCAAGCAAUCCUGUGCCAUCUGCAGGAAGAUUCCGUCCUGAUAUCAUCGGUCCAAUGACUCAGAUAGUUGACUUUCUUGGCAAUAACAGCGCUCCAAUCGCAAUUAACAUCUACCCUUUUUUAAGUCUCUAUGGGAAUGAUGAUUUCCCACUCAACUAUGCCUUCUUCGAUGGCGCUCCACCAAUAGAUGACAAUGGUAUUGCUUACACAAACGUUUUCGAUGCAAAUUUCGACACUUUGGUAUCGUCUUUGAAAGCUGUUGGUCAUGGAGAUAUGCCAAUCAUUGUUGGAGAAGUCGGCUGGCCGACAGAGGGUGACAAACAUGCAAAUAGCGGCAAUGCAUACAGAUUCUACAAUGGUCUUUUACCAAGGCUUGGAACAAAAAAAGGUACUCCAUUGAGACCUACCUACAUUGAGGUAUACUUGUUCGGAUUACUUGAUGAGAAUGCGAAAAGUAUAGCACCAGGACCAUUCGAGCGCCAUUGGGGACUAUUUAAAUUCGACGGACAACCAAAGUUUCCUAUAGAUUUAUCAGGUCAAGGACAGAACAAGUUGUUGAUUGGUGCGCAAAACGUGACGUAUCUAUCCAGCAAGUGGUGUAUGUUCAAUCCAGAUUCUAAAGAUUUGACGAAACUUGCGGAUAACAUAAAUUUCGCCUGCACUUACUCAGACUGCACGGCGCUUGGUUACGGGUCUUCUUGCAAUAGUCUUGAUGCAAAUGGGAACGCUUCGUAUGCGUUUAACAUGUACUUUCAAGAGAAGAACCAGGAUGAGUAUGCUUGUGUCUUCCAAGGUAUGGCCACCAUUACCACACAGAACAUAUCUCAGGGACAGUGCAAUUUCCCUAUUCAGAUUGUUGCUUCCCAGGCUUCUUCUUCGUCUUCUCCUUCUUUGGUUUUGUUGAUCGCCGGAGUUUGGUUUCUCUUCACAGGGCUGAUGUUUUGAGGUUUUAGUUUAGCGAGGUUUUCUUUAUAUAUAUGGAAACUAUUUUUUUGUGGUGAAAUUUAUUUCCAGAUAUGAAUAUGUUUGCAUUGUAAAAGAGGAGAAUCAUUGUUUGCAUUGUAAGAGAAGAGAAUCAUUGAGUUUGAAAUAUGAAGACUAGCAUAUA